GUAUCAAACCUAAACUUUGUCUUUCAUGGCCCGUUAUAUUAUAUAACAUCAUACGUAUGUUUUAUAUUCCUGUCCUGUAUUAACAUGCUGAUGAAGAUUUGUAAUUCAUCACAGCCUUUCACAUACAGUACAUGCUGACUGCACAAACAUGUUCUUCUCAUGGAUUUAAAAAAAAUGUUUAGAAUUAGGUCCCUCCCUUUACACAGCUGCUAUAAAUGUGUGAGUGCAUCAGCUGAGAAGCUCAGAGAGAAAAUGGCUUUUUUCGAGUCGCUGCUGCAGUUUUCCAGCACUGGUACAUUACUGGGAGCUUUGCUGUUGCUUCUGGUUUUGUAUUUGCUUUCUACUGGAUCUAAAUCUCAGAAAGAAGGGAAAGAGCCACCGGGACCCAAACCACUGCCGCUGCUGGGGAACCUGCUGACCCUUGACCUCACGAGAGCCUUUGACACAUUUUUUGAGCUGUCUAAAACCUACGGGAACAUCUUUCAAGUGUCUCUGGGUCCCAAAAAAACGGUGGUCUUAGUUGGAUACAAAACCGUCAAAGAAGCUCUUGUGAACCAUGCUGAAGAGUUCGGCGAGAGAGAUAUUGGAGCUAGUUUCAGGAUAAUGAAUGAUGAGCAUGGGAUCGUGUUUUCAAAUGGAGAGAACUGGAAAGAGAUGCGACGCUUCGCUCUCAGCAACCUGAGGGACUUUGGGAUGGGCAAGAGAGGAAGUGAAGAGAAAAUCAUAGAGGAAAUUCAGUAUCUGAAAGGAGAGUUUGAUAAGUUUGAAGGGAAACCCUUCGACACGACACAGCCUGUGAACUACGCCGUGUCAAACAUCAUCUCAUCUAUCGUGUACGGCAGCAGAUUUGAAUACACAGACCCUCAGUUCACUGAAAUGGUCGACAGAGCAAACGAAAACGUUCGGGUUUCUGGAUCGACUUCAAUGAUGCUGUACAACAUAUUUCCAUGGUUGGGUCCAUUCCUGAAAAACAAAAAGAUUAUUUUACACAAUAUUCUGCAAAACAGACAACAGAUGAUGAAUUUGAUCAAUGGGCUUCUGGAUACUCUGAAUCCACACGAUCGCAGAGGAUUUGUCGACUCUUUUCUCAUCCGUAAACAGAGCGAAGAGAAAUCUGGCAAGAAAGACUCGUACUUUCACCAGGAAAAUCUUAUGAUGAGUGUGACAAAUCUCUUUGUUGCUGGUACUGACACCACAGGAACAACUCUGCGCUGGGGUUUAAUGCUCAUGGCCAAAUAUCCUCAUAUACAGGAUCGAGUUCAUGAGGAGAUUGACAGAGUGAUCGGUGGACGUCAGCCAGUGGUGGAAGACAGAAAGAAAUUACCAUACACAGAUGCUGUGAUCCAUGAAACUCAAAGACUGGCCAACAUAGUACCCUUGAGUCUACCACAUGUCACCAGCUGUGAUGUUACCUUCAAUGGAUACUUCAUCAAGAAGGGCACCACUGUAAUUCCUCUGCUGAUGUCAGUUUUGAAGGAUCCAAGCGAAUGGGAAAAACCAAACAGUUUUUACCCAGAACACUUUCUUGAUGAGAAGGGCCAGUUUGUCAAAAGAGAUGCUUUCAUGCCCUUUUCUGCAGGACGCAGGGUUUGUCUUGGAGAGAGUUUGGCCAGGAUGGAGCUCUUCCUGUUCUUCACCUCCCUUCUUCAGAGCUACCGCUUCACAACUCAACCUGGAGUAUCUGGAGAUGACCUGGAUCUCAAAGGAGUUGUAGGAAUAACUUUGAAUCCAUCCCCACACAAGCUGUGUGCGAUCAGACGCUCAUGAUUCAAGAAAAUAAAAUCAGAAAACACAGAAACAACCUCAUUGUAGCAUUAUUUUUUUUUACACUCAUUUUACAGUGCUUGUUCUUCUGAGUAAAUGUAUAUACAUGUAAAAAAAAAUUGGGGAUUAUAGAACUUCUUAGACAAUUAUAGUAAUGGAAAAUAAACUUUCUGUGUUGCUAGAUUAUAAAUCAAUAAUUGAUGUAACUUAUUGUACAGAGAAAUAAAAAUUAUUCUAAUUUGUGUUUAAAUAGAGCACAAUUGCAACCUUCCUGUGCCUAGUGGAAAGAAGCACGAGGGCUCUUAUACAGAGCUUGUGCAAAGAGCAUUUGCAUGGAAGCAUCACGUGUUUUAUCUCACAAAUAAAAUCUUUUGAAGCAAGCAUUGUAUUUAGCAUAUUAUUGUAUAAAGUGAUGUAAGAGCUCUUCUUUAUUUUCAGCAUAUUGCAAUUUAAUUGAGGUCUUUUCACACGUGCUGUGAAGAAAUCAAAAUGGAUACAGUUUCAGCCUAGUUUUACUGUCCACCGAUCCUGUUCCACAAUGCUCCUAUGCUUAAAUGUGAGGUUUUAAUAAAGUUGAAGUAAAAUGUUUUUCAAUUACACAUGCACAUAGUUACACCAACUGCCUGAAUGCAAACCAGUGCUUUUUAAAGCUGUCACUGACAGUUUGACAAAUUUAGGUGAAAUUCAAACUUUGGUUUUAAUUCUCAAGUAAACUGAUUACUUGUGUGUGUCUGAUUUAAUUCUUAUAACAUUUAAAACAUAUAUAUAAAUACAAUUAAUAAAAAAGCUUCAAACAUUUUUGAUUAAAGAUAGACAUUACUCAUCUGAACACAAUACAAGGUGGUGGUGGGUGAGAGGUUAUGCAGGUUUUAAAGUUAAAUAAAUGUCACAGACCGCUGUGUGACAUAGUUCAUAUGUGCUCAUUAUUUGCUGACUAUUGUCAAUUGUAGACAAUAUCUCAUACUGUAUGUAAACCAAAAAGCAUGCAAUAAUAUUUAACAAAGAUUGUUAAACCUGCUCCUUUGCUUUUAUGGCUUUAUUGCUUGAAUAAUGUUCCUGUCCUGUUUUAACAUGCUGAAUAAAGAUUAAUAAUUCAUCACA